AAUAAAAAGCCCAAAUCCUCAUCAGUACCCUGUGAUAUAAGAAUCCAAGCGCCUUUUUGUUUUAGGGUUUCCAUUCACUCGCAUCCACUGAAGCUGCUUCAUCUUAUCGGCUGGUGAUUCUCUUUCUAACCAAUCUUUCUUCGGCCAUGAUUAUUCCAGAGAAGAAUCGGAGAGAGAUCUCCAAAUACCUCUUCCAAGAGGGCGUGUGCUAUGCGAAGAAGGAUUACAACCUGGCUAAGCACCCGGAAAUUGAUGUCCCGAACUUGCAGGUUAUUAAGCUUAUGCAGAGCUUCAAGUCAAAGGAGUACGUGCGAGAGACAUUCGCCUGGAUGCACUAUUACUGGUAUUUGACCAACGAUGGCAUUGAGUUCCUCCGUACUUACCUCAAUCUUCCUUCAGAGAUUGUUCCCGCCACACUGAAGAAAUCCGCCAAGCCCCUUGGCCGUCCCAUGGGUGGACCGCCAGGCGACCGACCACGUGGACCUCCAAGAUUUGAUGGUGAUAGGCCAAGGUUUGGAGAUAGGGAUGGAUACCGAGGCGGGCCAAGAGGACCUCCAGGUGAAUUUGGUGGUGAAAAGGGUGGAGCUCCUGCUGACUACCAGCCUGCUUUCAGGGGUUCUGGUAGUGGCGGAAGGCCUGGCUUUGGACGUGGAUCCGGUGGGUUUGGUGCGCCACCCCCAAGUUAAAAACUUAUUCUUGAUCCUUUUAUCGAGUUCAAUAGUUUUUGCAUUAGUGUUCCGAUGUUGGAAUUUAUGUUAUUUUGCCUCGAGGCUUUCUUUUUAUUUAAGAAUACUAUAUUGUACUUUGAUUUUCUCUGCAAUUUUGUUGAGUUUGGAUCUUAACAUUGCAAUGGCGUUCUCAUAAUUUAUAAUUUCUAUAUUGGAGUUCUGUCAAUCUUUCA